AUGACGUACACAGCACGCAACGAAACCAUUGGACGAGAGAGGGAUGACGUUUACAGCAAUAAAUCUAGCAGUGUUCUGGCUGUGCCAUUGAUUUUGACUGCUCUGGAAACAAUAGGCUUUGCUAUAGGAAAGCAGCCAGAGCAGAGAACUUCAAACACGCAAGAGACCAACUUACCAGCUGUGAGAUCAUAUCUAAAUAGGAUUUUCACACUGGUAAUAAGGAUGAAAACAUUGCGCUCCUUCUUCCUGAGCCCUAUAACUGGAAUGGUUUAUUUAACACUUCCUCAGACAGCCUGUCCCAGCCCGUGUGACCUCACAGAAAUAUGUGUUAGUUAUAUCGAGCAGCCAUUGAACGUGUGGUAUGUAUGGGUCUUUUUACUUAUUGUAGCGAUUCUGGUUUUGCGUUGCAUGGUUGCUUGCUGCAUACAAUGCUGGGUGAAGAGACGCACAAGGUUUUCUUCAAGGCAUGCAGUCACGGUAGUCACGUUGAGCAGUUCAGAUUUAUGCGUAACUGAAUCUCCUAUGUGCCAUGCAUGGAUUCCUUCUCCAAACAAUGAGACCUUGACAUCUACUGUGUGUUUGGGAGGCUUAGAAUCAGGAGCUCCACCUUCCUAUGAAGAGCUGUUUAGCACACGGAAAUUCUAAC